AUGAACAAAGUGACUGGUGAAAUCACAGUUAAAGGAACUAUUGAUCGCGAGGAGAAUGCUGCGUUUGAGCUGCAUGUACAGGCCAAAGACAGGAGUGCUAGUCCUCGCACAACGCAUUGUAAAGUCUUGGUAGAAGUGAUUGAUGUCAAUGACAAUGCUCCAGCAAUCUCAGUAACUUCAAUGAUGAAUGCAGUCAGAGAGGAUGCAAGAUCAGGUACAGCAGUUGGUCUAAUAACAGUAUCUGAUAAAGACGGGGGUGUAAAUGGAAAAGUACACUGUAAAAUAGUAGACUCUGUUCCAUUCAAAUUGCUGUCCUCCUAUAAGAACUAUUAUUCGUUAGUGGUAGAUGGAUCUCUAGAUAGAGAGACUACUUCCCAGUACAAUGUAACCGUUAUAGCUACAGAUGAAGGCAUCCCACCUCUCUCCAGUAACAGUGUCAUUUCUGUUUACGUCGCUGAUGUGAAUGACAACGCGCCUCGCUUUUCAGAAACUAUAUUUAAUGUUUAUCUAAAGGAAAAUAGUCCCGUUGGAGGGCUUAUUGCCAGCUUGACUGCCCAUGAUCCAGACAUGAAUGAAAACACUCAGAUGUCUUAUUCGUUUUUGGAAGGCAAUAAUGGCAAAUCCUUGUCUACAAUGAUAAACAUAAACUCAUUAACUGGUGAGAUAUAUAGCAUACAGUCAUUUAACUUCGAAGAUGUGAAUACUUUCCAGUUCCACGUUCAGGCCACAGACUCCGGUGUUCCUCCACUAAGCACCAACGUCACUGUCAACGUUUUUAUCCUGGAUGAGAAUGACAACAGUCCUGUGAUUCUCCCGCCAUAUUCUGACCACGGCGCCGUUAAUUCUGAGAACGUUCCCUAUUCUGCUGAAGCGGGAUACUUUGUGACCAAGAUCAGGGCUGUAGACGCCGACUGUAGACGCCUGCCAACAUGUUUUCUCGAUUAA